GUGCACAGAGAGCGGUUCCAUAAUAUAAACAUCGAGAGUAGCUCCCUCUUUUUUCUCGCGUACGAUUUUGGUUGUCCACUGCCAUUGUGGAUUCGCUGCUCCAACACAUGAGCCCUGUGACGAGGUCUGGGACUGCGCGAUGUGACCAACCGGCUCUCACGGAGACUCCUCAGAAUGGUCUCCUAUAUCGAGCGACCGCUCUUGGCUGACAGUCCGAAACCCUCGAAGAACUUCUCGUCGAGCUCAUGCUCUUUUCGGAAAGGUUCCGUUCUAUUUGUGCUCGCAGUAGUCUUCUGUGGGCUACUCGCGGGGAAUCUGUACCAAGGCUUCCUCCUGGAGCGGAACCGACCCUUAAUAAAACUGAGGGCCAGAGAGCGUUCCUUAGGCGAGCGCAACCCUCAAGCGAACAACACAGUUUAUAAUCUGCAGUUGGGUAAGGACGUCCUAGUGUUCCUUCAGAUCCAGAACGCCGGAGCAAAUUUCUUCGAGAAACAUCUCAUCGAAGACCUCGACCUCGAGAGGCCCUGUGCUUGUGUGAAGCGACCGAGUCGGAAGCAAUGCCGGUGUUUGGAUCCCGUCACCCACAGUCCCUGGUUGUUCAGUCGACUCAGUGCCGGUUGGCGGUGCGGAGUUCACCCGGACUGGACAGAGCUGAAUGGAUGCGUCGACCGCGUCCUUGACGAAAUCAGAGGAAAACCGAUCAAACGACGGUAUCUGUACAUCACAAUCCUCCGAGAUCCCGUGCGAAGAUUCCGGAGCGAGUGGCAACACUUUGUUGAGCAAAGAGGCUCGCGACCGUCGCGCCAUCUCUGCGGCGGUCACGAGUACUCACUGCCCGAUGUGAAGAACUGUUUCGCCGGACGAGAUCCAUCCACUGUUACUUUAGAAGAAUUUGCUCUAUGUGAAAGCAAUUUAGCACUCGACCGCCAGACGAGAAUGUUGGCCGACCUUCAACUUGUGAAUUGUUACGACGAAACCGUCAACAGGAGUCACCGUGACAUGAUACUUCUGCACAGCGCGAAGAGCAAUCUCCAUCGCAUGGCGUAUUUUGGUUUAUCCGAAUUUCCCAAUAUCUCGCAGAAAAUGUUCGAGAGCGCCUUCGAUCUCCACUUUGUAACACAGCCCAAUCACCGAUUGAAUCGUCUUUCCAACUAUUUGAAAAACUCAAAUAGAGCCUCAGCGUUCGAAGGCGUGGUUCGGGAAGCGAACCACCUCGACGUGCAGUUGUACGAGUACGCCAAAGAAUUGUUCUUCGAACGCUUCCACGAAACGUUCAAGGAUAAAAAUGAACCGAGCACUGGUUUCGACGCUCAAUCCCAGGAGGCCGAAGAUCCUGAUUGGGCCGAUGGAGAAGAUAUUUUCGUGGAUCGCUAGCUUUCACUUUCGUCGAUUCCUCGCGUUAUCCAAUCACUUCUUGAAUGCAGGCCUUACAAGUGCCUUGCCCAUUUUUGACACGUUUUGUAUAUACACAUAUUUCACUCCGACUACAGUGAUCGAGCAGCAAUAAUGAAUCGUCCACUCAGACUUGAGCAUGGCCACGCGUUUUUUUGUCAGGCAGACGAUUUUCAGCUCUUUCAAUCAUGGAGAUAUUGUAAGAGGAUGAACUCUCUCCGCUACAUGACUUCUUGAAUGAUGUGCGAGUGAGUGAGGGAGACUAGGUGUUGACCUCAGCUUUAUCAAGAGAAACGAAAUGUUGAGCUCGAGCGUUUUCUUGAGUCUCCCGAUAAUUCCUCGUAAUUCAAUUCGUCCGCUUCAAGCGUAAAUUAAUCUGGUGUGAUGCGUUGAGCCAUUUAUAUGAUACGGGUCGUGUACCGCCCUUGAUGGUUGCUCUCUCUCUUAUGUGACAGUUUUCGGUCUUUCAACUCCGACUUCAUAUUCUGAUAUUGUUCCUCCGGGUAUUGCUCCCGAAAAUAAAGUUUUCCU